AUGAACAAAUUUAUAAAAUUUACCGUCGGUGCUAUUUUAGCUCUCCUCAUCGUUUCUCUUGUUCAUGGAGAACCACUUGUAGCCCGUCAAUAUGGUGAUGAUCCAUCAGCAGGAACAACAACUUCUUCUACAUUAUUAGGAGGAAAAUUACCAAUUCCUGAUGCCACUCCAACUGCUUCUGUUGAUACCUUCACUGCGGAUACAACCUAUGGUGCUCCAUCUGGUUCCCCAUCUGCUCCACCAGUACCAGGUUAUACUCCUUCUGGCACCGGUUCAUUGAUAUCACAAUGGGCUUCAUUAACUGCUAAAGGUGUACCAUCAAAUCCAACUACUGCCCCAACUGCAACUGCUCCUGCUAAACCAGCUGAAACACCAAAUAGCGCAAAUAAAUUCGAAUCUGGUUUAAUCAAUGUUGCCAUAAUUGCUGGAAUUGUCACUUAUUUCUAUUAA